CUCAAUUCACCAAUGGUAGGACCUAACGAGGCGUAUAAUUGCUAUGGUUGCGAUCAACUUCUGCAAUCAAAUUUGCAGAUGUGGUAAUGGAAUCUGGAUAACAUAUUGACUAGGAGUUCAAUAUUACAUUCAGGUGGUUUUCACUGUUAUUGACACACGGUUUUGAAAAAUAUGUAUUUAUGCCUCCUACUUCCCGUCAUCUACUCUUCCAUCGUUUGCGUUCUUAGUGCCCAAACGAAUCUGCACUUUAUAUUCACCAAUCAUACUGACAUCUCGAAUGAUGAAUACAUAGAAUUAAACUGCAGUCAGACAUCAAAUUUUCUGUUGAACUACGAUAUCAACUUGAAAAAGACGCUUCGAUCGGUGUAUCUUCAGAUAUCCAUUAAGGAGUAUUUUGAGAAACGUACUACAUUCAAAUUUGAUAAGACGGUCUCCGUUUGCGAACUAACAAAAGCGCGAAGAAUGAAUCCAGUCAUUCAAGUAAUAUUGGAUGUCUUCUCAAAACAUUCAAACUUCAAACUUCAAUGUGUGGUACCAGCUGGUUACUACUUUUUAAAAAAUUUUGGUUUCGCGAGCGAUCAAGCACAAUUUCUUCGAUCAUUUAUCCGGGCUGACACUACUUGGAAGGUAUCACUAAACUACUCUGAAAAAUUACGAAUGGGCUCGGUUGGAUUCCUUUAUAUAAAUCAUGAAGGCUACUUUUAUAAAUGA